AAUCCUUUUUUGUAUUCAAAAACAAAAACCCCAAUUUUUUAGAUCUCUUCUCGAAUCCUUUUUCUGUCUAUAAAAUCUGUGUGUAUAAAUUCAAUCAACUUUUCUCCCAAUAUACACCUACCUACACUUUUUUUUUUGUUCAUAUGCACAUUCGAGAAGUCCUUUUUAAACCUUUUAAACAGUGUUUGUGUAUAACAAGUAAACGCAUAAUCAAAGCUCCUCACAAAAAAGGUCCUGAAAAAAAGUUAUAAAAUAGUUUAAAGAUGCCAAGAAAAAAUGGCUUAAAAAAUUAAGAAUUUAAAAAAAAAAAAUUCAAAAAAGAAAAAGAAAAAAUAUGCUAAUUAGACGAAGCAAAAGUGGCUAAGAGGAGAGGACCACUUUGCAGUUUUUUUUUUCUGUGGAAGUGAAUUUCGGUUAAAACAACAACAACACACACACAAAACUACCCAUCAUCAUCACCAACCAACAACGUAUACAACGGUGCAAGGAACGAACAGAAGAAAAUUCGCCCAACUUAAUAGGAGAAAUAUACUCAAAACUAAUUGAUAUUACGCUAAUAAUCGAAAAAAAUAACAGGACUUGGUUGAUAUAUAUUUUUUUUCAUAAGAAAAAACAGAAAAAAAAAGAAAAAACAAAACUAGGAAAUAUAAUUUACGAGCACCCUGUUGUUGUAUGGAAAUCUCGUUGUUAACGUUGUUGUUGUUGGAGUUUGCUGAAUUGGUGAGGUUUUUGAGAGGAGGCGAUUGUUAUAAAGAAGAGUUGGGAAAAAUUACAAAUUCAAAAUGCAAAAAGAAAACAAUUCAGCCCCGGAAAAUCAUCAAUUUGUCGGACCUUACCGGUUGGAAAAGACUCUUGGCAAGGGUCAAACUGGUCUGGUUAAACUGGGUGUACAUUGUGUGCUGGGAAAGAAAGUUGCCAUAAAGAUUAUCAAUCGGGAAAAGCUAAGUGAAUCGGUGCUAAUGAAGGUUGAACGUGAGAUAGCUAUUAUGAAACUGAUAGAUCAUCCCCAUGUUUUGGGGUUGAGUGAUGUGUAUGAGAAUAAAAAGUAUCUCUACUUGAUAUUGGAGCAUGUAUCUGGCGGUGAAUUGUUUGAUUAUCUUGUAAAGAAAGGCCGUCUGACACCGAAAGAGGCUAGGAAGUUCUUUAGACAGAUUAUAUCGGCUUUGGAUUUUUGUCAUUCACAUUCAAUCUGUCAUAGAGAUUUGAAACCUGAAAACUUAUUAUUGGAUGAGAAGAAUAAUAUUAAAAUUGCUGAUUUUGGUAUGGCAUCAUUGCAACCGGCUGGAUCAAUGUUAGAGACAUCAUGCGGUUCACCACAUUAUGCUUGUCCAGAAGUUAUAAGGGGUGAAAAAUACGAUGGAAGAAAAGCGGAUGUCUGGUCAUGUGGCGUUAUCCUGUAUGCCCUGCUGGUGGGUGCUCUGCCGUUUGACGAUGAUAACUUGCGUCAACUUUUGGAAAAAGUCAAACGUGGUGUGUUUCACAUACCACAUUUUGUGCCGCCCGAUUGCCAGAGCCUGCUGCGAGGAAUGAUUGAAAUAAAUCCCGAGAGGAGAUUAACUUUGUCGGAAAUCAAUCGGCAUCCCUGGGUAACGGCUGGAGGGAAAGGCGAACUCGAACUAGAGCUACCGAUGAUGGAGGUGGUGCAAACACACGUUAUACCCUCGGCAUCGGCUGUGGAUCCUGAUGUUUUGAAUGCUAUUUGUUCGCUGGGUUGUUUCAAAGAGAAGGAAAAACUCAUACAGGAGCUCCUCAGUGCUAAUCAUAAUACAGAAAAGGUGAUUUAUUUUUUGCUUUUGGAUCGAAAAAGACGACGUCCUGCUUUGGAGGAUGACGAAGAGCUGGCGAAACCCCGCGCUGAAAUGGAUACUUUGGAUCCACCCAGGAAACGUUUGGAUACAUGUCGGAUAAAUGGAACGAAUUCGCCGACUUAUGGGCAGAUUAGUGAAGGUUCUCCAUUGACACCAAGGAGACAAGCUUUUAACUUCCGAUCAUAUAGCAGUUCCCGAAAUCAUCAGCGUCGCUCACCUACUUCGGUUUCCUCCGUACGCUCAUCAUCAUAUCACAGUCCGACACGGUGCAGUUCACCAAUCAACUCGUCACAGGCAAAUGUCAUCUCAAGGCCGUCCUCCCCAGCUCCAGGCACCCAUUCGUCGCGACACUCUUCGUACACUUCGACGUCACAAUCGUCGAAUGCCAAUCGGACGGGCUCACAGACUUCAGCGGUCUCAUGCCCUGGUAGCGGGGGUAGUCCAACAUCAGCAGCAGCAGCCGCUGCGGCUGCAGCUUCAGCUGCACAGGCAGCGGCAGCAGCAGCGGCUCAGGCAAAUGCUCAUCAUCGUGCCAAUUCUGGGCCGACAAUUGCCAUAAGUGUAUUUCAAGAUCCCGAAGCUAAUAGUGUUGUCAUGAACCCCACAGGAUCACCCCUUUCAAAUAAUGGUUCGCCAGUAAUGCCCGGCUCUGGGUGCAAUUCACCUGGCGGCCAAUUAUGGAAAACUCGUUUAACGAAUAUAAAAAAUAGUUUCUUAGGUAGCCCAAGGUUUCAUCGGAGAAAAUUACAAGUCUCUGCAGAUGAAGUCCAUUUAACUCCGGAAUCAUCACCGGAAUUAACAAAACGUUCAUGGUUUGGCAAUUUAAUUACAACGGAAAAAGAUGAAACUUUUACAAUUUUGGUUAAAGGCAAACCUAUAGCGACGGUCAAAGCACAUUUAAUUCAUGCAUUUUUGUCCAUGGCGGAACUCUCCCAUAGUGUUGUAUCGCCAACUUCCUUUCGAGUUGAAUAUAAACGAAAUGGCAAUGGUCCUGUGAUGUUCCAACGACAUGUUAAAUUUCAGGUUGAUAUAAGUGCCAUAUGUAAGCAAGGUGAUAUUGCUGAUAUGUUAUUUGCUUUAACAUUUACCCUAUUAUCAGAACGUCUUUCAGGCAACAUUCGACGUUUUCGACGAAUUUGUGAACAUAUCCAAUCGCAAGUGUGUUCGAAACGUUAUCCCGGUCCUAGUAGUCCACCAAAUAUUCCAACAGUAACACAAGCUGUAUCGGAAAGUUCCUCAUGUGGUUCUGUUUCAAGUGAACGAUUGUGUUUUAAAAGACAAAUUGAAAACGAACUAGAAAGUGAUAAUAUAUUCACAUAUAAGUCAGGAAAUGGGCGGCGUGCAUCGACUACGAAUAAUAACAAUGCUAAUCCGGAUAUUCCUGGCAGUCCAAUUGCUGUGAGAUCAAAUUCUGAAUCUGCUGAACAUGACCGAAAUCGCGACCAUCAAACCGAACAACGUCAGGCGACAACAAUGUCCGGAAGUGCAAUAGCAUGAGAAUUAUUUCUCUGAUUUAGUUCAAUUUUUGAAUUAUUUUUUUGGAAACCAAAUAAUCAAGAUAUCAUCAAUAACAAUAAUAACAACAACAAUACAAAUGACAUUAAUGAUAAAUUAUUUAUCAAGUCAAAUUCUUCUCAAAGUCAAACCAAAAAAUCAACCACAGCAACUAGAAGAUCAAAAAAACGUACACGAAUUCAUGACAGCAAUAAAAUGUUGCUGCAACAUUCAGAUCAAUCGUUAGCAACAAUGUCAUCGUCAGCGUCUUCAUCAUCAACGCAUCAUCGAAGAGCUGGACGUCGCCAUUAUAUUGCAGCAUGUCGAAUGGAUGCAUUGUCAGAAGACGGAAGUGAUUAUAGUACUCCAUCGGAUGUUGCAACAGAAGAUAAUGCCAUUGCAACAACAACAAUUAAUCAAAGUAAUUAUAAUGCACAGCAACAUUAUCGCCAUCAUCGCCAUCAGAAGCAACAACAGCAACAACAACAAUUUCAAUUGCAUCGUCAAUUGCAGCUGCAAUUACACAAACAACAACAACAACAAAAGCAGCAGCAAAAAAAUCAGCAACAACAAAGCUUAGUGCUGAAUGCUUCCAUCAGCUUUGUACGUUUCUAUUAUUUCUAUCUCCUUCUAAUAAUAUCUGUAACUAUUGUAAUUAUAAUAAUUAUGAUUGCCGCCAAUUUCAAAAGUAUUAGUAAAUUUUUUUAUACGCCCACCACUUUGACCACGCCCACUAUAAAUAAAUUUAGAUGCACUCAAACUAUUUCUACUACAACUACUUCAACUACUACAACUUCAACUUCCACCACCACAACCAGCCCUAAACAUGAUAGCUGCUCUUCUAGCUUAAACACGCCCGCUAAUGAUGGCAGUUUUAACGAACUUUUACUACGUUUAUAGACACAAAAAAUAAAAACUUAUAUAAAUAAAUUAAAAAAAAAAAUAAAUUUAAAAUUAUUAAGCAAAUAUAUUUAAAAUAUAUAGAAAAACAGGGUGUCUCGAAAGUGUGGGCAGCUUUGCUAUAUUGUUGACGAAAAAAACAAAAAAAAAAAAAUGCUUUAAGUCCCGGAAAAGAUGAUUUUUUAUUUGACAAAAAAAAAAGCCUUAAAU